GGGGCCGGGCCCAGAGAAGGCCGAACUACAAUUCCCGAUGGAUCCGAGAUUCCAGUACGCAGUCACAGGUACCCGCGGCAACGCUCUGGCGCACGCGCACAGAAUGGUGGCGGGACUCGGCCGCGUGCGCUUUCCCGCCCUCGUCACGCCCUGCGCCGUCGGCAGGGCUGUCUCAUAAGCUGUAGGCUCUCUUCACGCGCUCCUCCUUCUCCGUUUCUCCCGAAGUCCAGGCCCCGCCUGUUUCCCUCCUCCAGGGCCGCCUCAGCCCGCUCCUGUCUUCUGUGCCUCUGCUACUUCUGCUGAAGGAGGAGGCUCCAUGUUGUCCCCUCAGCGAACUGCAGCGGUGGCAUCGAGAGGAGCAGGUGAUGCCAUGGAGAAUGGAAAACCUGGUCCAGUGCAGGUCGUUUUGGUUCAUAAAGAACAGCACUCCUUUGAGCUAGAAGAGAGAGCCUUGGCCAGCGUCCUCCUCCAGGACCAUAUCCGAGAUCUUGAUGUAGUGGUAGUAUCAGUGGCUGGUGCUUUUCGAAAGGGCAAAUCCUUCAUUCUGGACUUUAUGCUGCGAUACUUAUAUUCUCAGAAGGAACGUGGUCAUUCAAAUUGGUUGGGUGACCCAGAAGAACCACUGACAGGAUUUUCAUGGCGCGGAGGCUCUGACCCAGAAACUACUGGGAUUCAGAUUUGGAGUGAAGUUUUCACUGUUAAAAAGCCAUGUGGGAAAGAGGUUGCAGUUGUUCUGAUGGAUACCCAGGGGGCCUUUGACAGCCAGUCAACUGUGAAAGAUUGUGCUACCAUUUUUGCUCUAAGCACUAUGACUAGUUCUGUUCAGAUUUACAAUUUGUCCCAGAAUAUUCAGGAAGAUGAUCUUCAGCAGCUACAGCUCUUCACAGAAUAUGGCCGUCUGGCAAUGGAUGAAAUUUUCCAGAAACCUUUCCAGACAUUGAUGUUUUUGGUUCGAGACUGGAGUUUUCCUUAUGAAUAUAACUAUGGACUGCAAGGAGGAAUGUCGUUUUUGGAUAAGCGUUUACAGGUGAAGGAACAUCAACAUGAAGAAAUUCAGAACGUUCGAAAUCAUAUUCACUCAUGUUUCUCGGAUGUCACCUGUUUUCUCUUACCACAUCCAGGGCUCCAGGUGGCCACAAGCCCUGACUUUGAUGGGAAAUUGAAAGAUAUUGCUAGUGAAUUCAAAGAACAGCUACAGACUCUAAUACCAUAUGUACUAAACCCAUCUAAGUUAAUGGAGAAGGAGAUCAAUGGUUCAAAAGUCACCUGCCGGGGACUCUUGGAAUAUUUUAAGGCCUAUAUUAAAAUUUACCAAGGAGAAGAUCUGCCUCACCCGAAAUCCAUGCUUCAGGCCACCGCUGAAGCCAACAACCUGGCAGCCGCAGCCUCUGCCAAAGACAUUUACUACAGCAACAUGGAGGAGAUUUGUGGGGGAGAGAAACCUUAUUUGUCUCCAGACAUUUUAGAAGAAAAGCACCAAGAAUUCAAACAACUUGCUCUGGACCACUUUAAGAAGACCAAAAAGAUGGGUGGGAAGGAUUUUAGCUUCCGUUACCAGCAGGAGCUAGAGGAGGAAAUCACAGAACUGUAUGAGAACUUCUGCAAACACAAUGGUAGCAAGAACGUCUUCAGCACCUUCCGAACCCCUGCAGUUCUGUUCACAGGCAUAGCUGUGUUGUACAUAGCCUCAGGCUUAACCGGCUUCAUCGGGCUUGAGGUUGUGGCUCAGCUGUUCAACUGUAUGGUUGGACUGCUGUUGAUAGCACUCCUUACCUGGGGGUACAUCAGAUACUCCGGGCAGUAUCUUGAGCUGGGUGGAGCUAUUGACUCUGGUGCAGCGUAUGUGUUAGAGCAGGCUUCUUCUCACAUUGGUAAUUCUACUCAGGCUGCUGUAAGAGAUACCAUCGCUGGGAGACCACCUGCUGAUAAAAAAUCUCAAUAGCAUCUUAAUGGGAAGAUCCAACAAGAGCCCAGUCAGCGUCUGGAUUUCUGCUAAUGCCAUCAUGGGUUCAGUUCCAGGGGAAUGGCAGAUCUGAGAGCAUCCUGGAAGAUCUGAGACAGGGCACUGUAGUAAAUGAGCUGACCUUGGCUAUAGUUUCCACUUGCACUUGUCUUGGAAGCAGUGCUUUUUCUUGCUGUUACAGACUCAAGGCUACUCUUUUCUCUAUUCUCUGCUUUUUGCACUUUAAGGGGUGGGGUGGGGGCGAAAAGGAAAACAGAAAUGCAGCUUUUAAGUCUUUGAUGUGCCACACAGUGCCUUUUAAACCAGUACAUCCCUCUGCAGCCAUGGAGGCUGAGGAAUGGAGGACAACCUCAUGAAAUGUGGUUUUGUUGGAUCAAGUUCUCUUCUGGAUUUUGGAUUUUAGUUCUUUUGUACCUUUGGAGAUUUGUCUUUUAAAAAAGUUUACACAACUUGAAAAAGGCUGAGAAUGAAAGCCCACUGAAGUGACACUUAUUACACGUAAACCUUUUCCCUAGUACUGGUGACUGAACCAUUGCCUGAGUGUGCUAAGCAGUGGCCCAGCCUGCAGCUGCCCUCAGCCGCUUGCCUGUGCGACUCAGAUCCCAGGUGGUUGUGAGCUUUCCAUCGUCCUCCUCCCUCCCUGACUUCUCAAGUAGUUGAAUACAGUACAGACUUGUGGUCCCAUCCUUGCUUCAAAGCCUUAUUUGUAUGAAUUCUCUUUGCUAUGCAGCAUGAAAGAAGCUAAAUCACUUAAUACUGUUUCAGAUUGUAAGGUCUUAUACCGAGAAAGCUGGCAGUUUUGUUGAACUUGCUUUUUUAUUUUUAUUUUAUUUCUAUAGUUUCUUUCUAGAAACUAGAAAAGAGGCAACUACCCUUAAAAAGGCAGUGAUUCAUAAUAAAAGGAAUGAGCUAGAGACUGCAUGGUAAAAUUGUAGUUUGAAUGAACCUUGUGACCUCUGAUAAGUCACCUUGAAUUUGUGUCUUGGUGAGAUUCACUGUACAUUUAUGUCAGUCAUAAAAAUAGUCAUUUUCAACAGAGAAAAGGCAUUAUCAAAUAUUACUCCUUUUAAUUAAUGAUCACUUUCAUUUUAUCUAGUGCUAAUACCAAAUGAUCUGAUCUAAAGUCUUUACUCAAACUGCUGUGUGUGUGUGUGUGUGUGUGUGUGUGUGUGUGUGUGUGAUGGUGUUGCCUGGCAUAGACCAGACUAGCCUUGAACUCAUAGAGAUACUUGUGCCUCUGUGUACCAUUGUGCCUGGCCCCAAACUUUUUUAUUCUGUAUACUAUCUAAUGUUCAUGAUAUCAAAGCUAGACUGUUAAUUUUAUUUAGUAAACUUUCCUUUUUUCCCCUCCACUGAAGAAGUAUGUAUAUUUAGUCUAGCCAAACUAUUUAAAAUACCUCUUUAGCUGGGUGGGUUAGCACAUAUGUUUAGACCCAGCACUUGGGAGGCAGAGGCAGGUAGAUCAUCUCUGUGAGUUUGAGGCCAGCUUGGUCUACAGAAUAAAUUCCAGGAUGGCCAGGGCUACACAGAGAAACUGUCUUAAAAAAAAACAGAAAACAAACAUUCCCUCUUGAUUCUUCUUUUGGUUAGACUAGCAGUUUUAAAAUAUUUGGCUUAGGAAGGACAAUUGCUCAGACUCUAAAAUUUAUUUUUUUACAUCUCCCUUGAUUAUGUGAUAAAGUUUUGUCUAUUGCUUUUUUCUUUGACCUGUAAUAGUGAAUUAUUGUGGACUUAAACCUUCUUAAAACAUACCUGAAGGUAUAGAAGCCUUAAUUUUUGAGAUAAUUCGAAUUUUGUUUUGGGAAGGAGAUGCAGAGUUUUGGCAAAACCUAGUGUAAAUUUUAUGUACGUGGGGUAUGAAUGGAAGGUAGGAGAAAAGGAAGUCUUGCAUUUAGUUUUAUCACAGCUUUAUGUUUAGUAACAGUUUUCCAGUCAAACAUGUAGUGAAUCCUGAACUAAUACUAAGCAUUUUAAAUAUUUUCAUACCAUCUUAUCCUGAAAAUGUUGGUAAUUUUUCCUUUUGUUCUGACAUUUGGGAACAAUUGCAGCUUGUUUUAAAACUAUUCACUGCUCAUGAUUGAUGGCUGACUGUAAGGGGCUGGAAGCUCACUCCUGGUGUAGUAGAGUUUUCGGGUGAUGUCUCCUAUCUGAAAGCUUGUAUUGAGUUACGUACUGCUGACACUGAGAUAAAGUCAGACAGGGUUUUGGGGACAGGGUUUUGUUAUAUAGUCUAGGCUGGCCUUCAGCUUACUUUGUCAUUUAGACUGGCUUUGCAUUUAGGUUCUGCCGCCUCAGACUCCCCGAGUGCUGAGCUUGUGUGUGUGUCCCCACACCCACCUCUGCUUCUACUCUUAAUGGGGAGGCAGAUGAUGCAGGGAAACUUUGUCAAUGCUUCAGUAUUACAUCUGCGCGUGUGCGUUCGUGUGUGUGUGUGUGUGUGUGUGUUUAAAGUGAGUAUUCCAUUAAUUAACUUACUCUGCUCCUGGGACAUGUUUAUAAAGUUUUCUUUGAGGGUUAUUAGGAGUUCUCUUUGGCCUGUUUUCUAACUUUAAAUUGUUUUUCUAUCACAAUUUUCAACACAAAAUGCCUUUUUAUUACUGGCUCGAAAUAGUUCUGAGGAGAUUCAUAACUGGUUGAAAGAGUCUGUUAACAACUCCAGCCUUUUCCUGUGGCUCAGGGAUGUGAAGGAGUCAGGCAGUGUCCCUGUAGGUGUUCUGUGUAGGCAAAGUUACUUUGUGCACUCCUGUCACUAUGUGGAGCACAUUUAUAUAAUCACAAUGGAGAUUUCAGAACAUUAAGAAUAACUUACUGUAGGAAAAGCUAAUUGUUGCCGGGGAUGUUUUUGUCUUGUUUUGGGAUACAGGGGUCACAAUCACAGGGCUGUGUGUGUUCCAGGCUGUGUGUGUGCCAGGCGCUCGUUCUGUCCACCAGGUUUGCCUCUUGUCAUCAAAUGGAUAAAGUCAAAACUUUGUUUCACUGAGAAGUCUCUCAUUAUUUACUUGCGAUAAAUUUUGAGCAUCCCUUUUGAAGAGUCCCAAAAAUAUGUCUCAUAGAUGUAUGUGAUUUAUUUCUGUCCUCCUUCCCUCCCUCUACUCCUUUCUCUUUCUCUGUGCAGCCCCGGCCAGAGGUUUUAUGUUUGACAACUCCUGUGUCCUGGGCCAAGCCUCCGAAUGGUUAUUCUUGAUUCACUUCCUCUCUCAUCAAGACAGAUAAGCACGAUUUUCCUUGUAGUUUCUUCAGUAGUUCACACACAGUGGUUGGUACCUGGGAUAUGUGAAUAAGACAAAAAUUCAGUAUGUUAAUAUAAGCCCAAGCAAGGAAAAAAAUUUCCUCCCCCCAAAAGUACCAUGGAAGUAUCAAAAAGACCUAUUUUGUUUGUGUAGGUUUUUUGGAAUGUAAUUGAGUAUGAUUUGAUUUUUUUGUGGGGAGGGGGUCAGAAGUGAGGCCAUAAGGAAGCCUCAUUUAGCAAAGUGCAAAGUAAUCCUGUCUGAGUGGCCUGUUGUAGUGGCUACAGUUGUUUUCAUCAGGAGUUGUACUUGGACACUGGUUCUCAUCCACCUUUUCAUGCUUUAGACUAAUCUAGGGUGUAUGAAAAGAAAACGAGACUCUGUCUUGUAGCUAGGGAUUGCUGAAGUGCUUUUCUGCUGUGGCCCUGGGAUCACCAUUUAUAAACAUUAAUAGGUGGUGGGUGGGUGGGGGUGGGGAUGAAUGGUCAAGAAUGAACUGACCCACAGAAUGGGAGUACCUAGACAGGAAAUGCACUUCUGCUGCCAGAUCUGCUCCCCCAGACUUUACUGUGUUUAGAACCAUCAGGGUAUCCUGGUUCAGACGCUUGUCCAGCUUUUUAAAGCUGUCAUGGUGCCUUCUCUUAAUGUCUGCCUUCACACGCUAACAGGUAAUUGGGGUUUUUAAAAAUGUCGAUAGUGUCCUGUCUCACACCCAGGAAAAGCCCAACUGGGUACUGUGACUUGAAUCCCUACAUCUUUUGUUGUUUUGUUUGAGAAAGAGUCUCAGUGUGUGAACCUGUCUGUUCUAGAACUCACUAUAUAGACCAGGCUGGCCUUAAGCUCACAGAGAUCAACUUGUCUCUGAAAAUCCUGAAAUCCUUUACACACACAAAACCCUAACAUGUUAAUACCUAAUGAACAAAAAGGAUGGGAUCGUAACUAUGAAGUCGUCACCUAUGUACCCCACAGCAGGGACCAGAAAGCCUUAUGGGAAAGAAUUUCAUGAGCUAGAGCUGAAGUGCAGUGUUCUGACAAAGGAGCAGUCACAUUGAUGCCUAAACCUUAUAGUUCAAAAGUGAUGAAAAUUGUUAUGAAUGUAAGCCUUACAAGAGUUAAAUCUUGAAUAUACACAAUUGUUCUCAAUUUUAUCUUAAAAAUGACUUGUUAUACUUUCUGAUAGGUCGUUUGCCUUUGAAUGGCUUUAAAACUAUACUUUUUUAAAAGCACAAUGGGAAUCAAUGAUGAUGUUUCACUUUUGGGUUGUACAUUUAAUGGAUUAAAGAUCACACCACCACACCA